AUGUUACCAAAUAUUUCAACUCAUCAAUUAAUAAAUCAAAAUGAUAAUGAGUGGUUUACGUGUGCUGAUAUUAAUAGUAAACAGGAAAUUGUCUGUGGAACAGAUCAAGGCAUUAUUUAUCAAACACAAUUACCAUCAAACGGAAAAAAUUCAACGUAUAAACAACUGAUAGGUCAUACAAAACUCAUUUCAGACAUAUGUUAUUAUGAUCCUAAUGGAUGUUAUAUUCUUUCAUGUUCAGCUGAUAAAGAUAUUCGUUUGUGGCGUUCAUUCUCUUCGAAUUCUAUAACAAUUUAUCGUUCUCAUCUUUCACCUGUAUGGUGUUUAUCUGUACAUUACAAAUCUGAUCGUUUUGCAUCCGGUUCAAUGGAUCAAACUGUUCGUCUUUGGACACCAGAUCGAUUAAAUAUUCUUCGAACAUUUAUCUAUCAUUCAGAUGAUAUAAAUACCAUAACAUUUCAUCCCAAUGGAAAAUAUUUAGCAUCUGGUUCUAAUGAUGGUUCAAUUAUUCUAUGGGCUAUUGAACAAGCUCAACCAGCACGUAUUCUUAAAUCUUUAUCAAAUAUUGAACAAUUAACAUUUACAUCUGAUGGUAAUCAUCUUAUUUCAAUAAGUCAUAAUAAUAAUGAACAAAAGUCAGAUAGAAUUAGUAUUUGGGAUAUACGUUCAGCUAAUGAAACAAAUCUCAUUGAAAAUAUUCCUAGCCAUCGUCGUCUACUUAAAUCAUGUCAAAUACAAAAUACAAAUAAAUUUGUAACCGGUUUUAAUAAAUCAUUUUUAUUUUUUGAUAUAAAUAAUCAACAAGAAAAAAAUGAUUUUUUUCGUUCGGAAUUUUCAAAUGAAUAUAUUCAACGUUUAAUACAUUUGUCAUCCAAUGAAUCAAAUAAAUUAAUAGCAAUAGUUGAAUAA